CACCGCCGACCCCGCUCUUUCCUCAUCUCAACUCCUCCUCAUCCACCACUGGAGAUCGAGACUUGCCCUGCCCGGAGCCCUCGCACUUGCGCACUUGCCCUGCUCUCUUGUGAUCCCUGCUGAAGACUGACGGCUGACUGCUCGUCAUGCUCGCCGGUCGCCCCAUGUUUUCCUCGCUCGGCGGCGCGCUCGCCGGGCUGCUACUCGCCACCAGCCGCGCGACCGCUUCGCCGUACCCAGUGCACGUCGCCACCUCGGAGCAGCUCUCCUCGUCGUCGCUCUUCAGCGCGCGCCAGUCCCAAUCCCAGACGGCCGUCGUGCCCAAAGCCGAUAUCUCCACCUGCGCCACGUCCAACGGGCUCGCUGCCACCGCGUUCGAGCCAUCGCUGUAUACCGAACCGUACCGCCCGCAGAUCCACUUCAGCCCCAGUUCCUCGUUCAUGAAUGACCCCAAUGGCUUGGUCUACAGGGCGGAGUCCGCCCCUGGCGCAGAUGAUGCGCUUUGGAUGAUGAGCUACCAGUAUGCUUACAAUCUGAGCGUUGCUGGUAACCAGCAUUGGGGUCUCGCGACGUCCAAGGAUCUCUGGCACUGGAAGCACCACGAUCCAAUUAUCGCGCCCACCGCGCCUGGCAACGGCAUCUUCAGCGGCUCGAGCGUAGUCGACCGCAACAACACAUCUGGCCUGUUCAACUCUUCGACCCCGCCCGAACACCGCCUGGUCGCCAUCUACACGCUCAACACACCCGAGUCACAGACGCAGCACAUCGCGUACAGCACCGAUGGCGGCUUCACAUACACCAAGUACGCUGGCAACCCCGUCAUCGAGAUCAACCAGACACAAUUCCGCGACCCAAAGGUGUUCUGGGACACCGUUUCGCAAAGGUGGAUCAUGCCGGUCAGCCUGUCACAGGAGUACGCCGUGCUGUUCUACGCCUCACCUGAUCUCAAGACCUGGCAAGAAGUCGGCCGCUUCUCCAACUCCGGUCUGCUCGGCUACCAGUACGAGUGUCCCGGCAUUAUCGGACGUGUGCCCAUCCAAGGAGGUCCCAAGGACGGGCAGGAGGCACACGUGCUCAUGAUUAGCAUCAACCCGGGAGCAACCUCGCAAGGCGGCAGCUUCAUCCAGUACUUCCUCGGCGACUGGGACGGAUCCAACUUUGUCGCUUCCGACGGCGCCGCGCGCCUUUUGGAGUUCGGACCUGACUCGUACGCGGCGCAAACGUACGACAACACGCCGAGCGGCCACCCAGUCCUGGUCAGCUGGGCCUCCAACUGGCUCUACACUAACCGAGCCCCUACAAGCCCAUGGCGCGGCUCGUUUACGGUGCCUAGGAACCUCGCGCUUAAAUGGUACCCGCACAACCCGCAGACCAGCGCCUACGUCCUGACACAGGCGCCCAUCGACAUGACGCCCAUUCAAGGAAAGUCGCUGAAGAGCAUUACCUCUGCCCCCGUCGCCAACCAGACUGUCCCCUUUGUUGGCAGCGGCGCAUUCGACAUUAACGUCACCUUCACCACGGCCAACGCCACGUCGAAUAGCUUCGGUACCCUCUCGAUCGCGAGCGAGUCGGGCGCGCAGUCGAUCCACGUCGGCGUGCUGAUGGGCCAGCCCGCCCAGGUGUUCAUCGACCGACGCAACGCAUCGAGCAGCUUUGCUGACUCGACGCCAUUCUUCGUCGACCGCUUCUCGACGAUCGUCAUGCCUACGUAUGCGGACCCGGCCAACAUGUCGUCCGACGCGUCUAUCACGCUUCGCGCCAUCGUCGACAAGAGCGUCCUGGAGCUGUACGCUCAGGACGGCGUCGCGGUUGGCACAACGAGCUUCUUCUUUGACGGCGGCGCAGACCCAGCGAGUGUGGAGGUGCUCAGCGGCGAGAACGUCAGCGCCAGCAAAUUCACAGUCACCGCGCUCAAAUCGACGUGGGACUGCUUCGUGCAAGCGUAGUAGGGAGCGCAAAUUUGCUAAAAACAAUUGCUGGAAAAAUGCCGUCUUAGGGUUCUUCGAAUUUUCUCAUAUAAAUGCUAGUUUGAAUGCGGGUACAAAGGUACAAGC